ACCAAAACCAUCCGCCAUUUGAUUCCCUUUUUGUCUUUCCAUAAAUACCCUUUUCGUCUCCACUACCCUAAUCAUCUCUUUCUUUUCAAAUGGAAACAUCAAUCUCUAAACUAAUCGCACAGUUUAGAGGAUUGAUUCCAUUAACAACACCACCUUCCUUCUCCUUGUCGUCUUCUUCAUCAAUAUUCACGAUAUUGGCCUUGGUAGCUGGGAUUUUGGUCUACUUUUAUGGACCAUUUUGGGGUGUUCGGAAAGUACCAGGUCCGCCAGCCAUUCCCUUUGUAGGACACUUGCCUUUGCUUGCUCAACAUGGUCCCGAUUUGUUCUCUCUUCUCGCCAGCAAAUAUGGCCCGAUCUUCAGGUUUCAUAUGGGAAGACAGCCAUUAGUGAUUGUAGCUGAUCCAGAGCUAUGCAGACAAGUCGGGAUCAAGAAAUUCAAAGAAUUUCCAAACAGAAGCAUCCCUUCGCCUAUCUUGGCUUCCCCACUUCAUCGGAAAGGUCUCUUUUGGAUAAGGGAUUCAAGAUGGUCAACAAUGCGGAACACGAUACUCUCAAUGUACCAGCCAUCACACUUGGCAAAAUUAAUCCCAAUGAUGCAAUCAUUCAUCGAAACCACAUCUCAGAAUCUCCCAAUCGAAGAGGAUCAAGACAUAAACUUAAACGAACUUUCACUCAAAAUGGCUACUGAUGUGAUCGGAAAAGCGGCUUUUGGUUUUGAUUUUGGCCUCUCUAAACCUAUCCACCAUCAACACAACGAUACCCAAAUCGACUCUUUCAUCAAGCAACACAUCUACUCUACAAAGAUGCUCAAAAUGGACUUGUCGGCCUCGUUUUCAAUCAUUAUAGGACUCCUUCUCCCGAUACUCCAAGAGCCCUUUCGCCAGAUACUCAAGAGAAUUCCGUACACCCUGGACUGGAAAAUUGAAAGAACAAACAAGAACUUGAAUUGUCAAAUUGAUGAGAUUGUGGUCAAGAAGAUGGAAGACAAAGAAAGAGGAUCGAAUGAUUUCUUGUCACUGAUAUUGAACGCAAGGGAAUCAGAGACUACUACAACAAAAUUAUUCACACCAGACUACAUCAGUGGUGUCACAUACGAGCAUCUCCUUGCUGGAUCUGCAACCACAUCAUUUACACUUUCCUCCAUUGUUUAUCUGGUUUCUGGGCACCCAGAAGUCGAAAAGAAGUUGCUUGAAGAGAUCGAUGCAUUUGGUCCACACGAUAAGAUUCCAACUGCUGAUGAUCUUCAAUCAAGAUUCCCGUAUCUUGAUCAGGUGGUGAAAGAAGCAAUGAGAUUUUACGUAGUUUCUCCAUUGGUAGCACGCGAAACGUCAACACAAGUAGAGAUAGGAGGUUAUGUUCUCCCCAAGGGGACAUGGGUGUGGUUGGCGAUUGGAGUUUUAGCAAAGGAUCCGAAGAAUUUCCCGGACCCGGAUAAAUUCAAGCCCGAGAGAUUUGACCCGAACUGUGAUGAAGAAAAGCGAAGGCAUCCAUAUGCCUACAUACCCUUUGGGAUUGGGCCUAGAGCAUGUAUUGGUCAGAAGUUUUCUUUGCAGGAAAUUAAGCUCACUUUGGUUCAUUUAUACCAGAGAUACGUCUUUCGACACUCGCCUAAUAUGGAAACACCUCUAGAGUUUGAUUUUGGGAUAGUUCUUAACUUCAAAUAUGGUGUCAAGGUUAGAGCCAUUAAACGAACAUGAUGCAUUGAUGCUAGCGUUGUCUCUUGAUUGUAACCCCCAUCAAAAAUCUUGUGUAAUAAAAAGAUUGGAAUGUAUCGAAAGAAUUAUGUCA